GCUCGUCGGAUUUCAAAGCGGAGCCGUUCAGUGUGGGCCUCUCGCGUUCGGGGGUACAGAUGUCGUUCGGAGUUGACGCCGCCGCCGCCGCAGCGUACAACGACGCGUGUGCAACACCAGUCUGUCGCGGUCGCCGCCACGACUUACGCGCCCGCUGAACGCGCAAGUGUGUGACGUUACGCUGACCCGCGCCGCCCGAGCGCAGACAGCCAGCCGGACGCCGCCGCGACACCCUGCACGCGCGAACGACGUACGCACCGCCGAGCAAACGCGGAUCGCCGCCCCGUCGGUUCUUCGUCACACGCCGGCCUUACGAGUAACAUGCGCGCCGCCACCGCCGCCGCCGGAACAACCGCAGCAUCGCGACACGGACACCAAUGAUCGUAUACCGCCGCCGUUGCCCAACGCCACAAGGUCGUGCUCGUCAACUCGGCUACUGUACAAGAAAAAGACGUCAAUAGGAAUGACAUGAAAGUAAUUGUAUGUCAGUUUGGGGUACAGCCCCCAAGCGAUGGGAGAUAGCGUCGAUAACUACAUAAAUGCUACUGAAUCUGACAUCAUGAUUAAAAGACAAAUGAUUAGAGCCGAAUUUUAUAAUACUUACGAUGUGAUGACUGGAAUUAGAAUUGCAUCCACUUUAGGAGGAUUUUUUUUAAUGAUGGUUCUAUUAGUAUUGUAUAAGAGUAAAUGUAAAACUCGAUCUCUCUCUGACCAACAUCUUGAAGCGGUCAUCAAAGCAGCUGUAGACCAAGAAGAACAACUUGCUGCUUUGGCUAAAAGAAGUUCUAGUUCUAGCUAUUGCUCUGGCCAUGGUCUUUGUAGAUGUUCUCCAAGAUAUAGUAUGACUGAAAACAGUAAUGCUGAUUGCAAUAAUUGGAAUCGUAAAUCUAAGACCUAUCUGUCUGAAACUCAAUACCAUCCAUAUUCUUCUUUAUCUCAAACCAGCAACAAGUUCAUGAAAUCAUCAGUAUUAGAAUACUCUUUUGAAGAGGAUGAAGAUGAUAAUAUGGAUAAUGAUGAUAUUGAGGACGUAUGUAGUAACCAUGGUUACCGUGUAGCUAAAUGGCUGGAAGUACCAUGUGACCAAAAGUGGAUUCCAAGAGGAAAUAGUGCUAUAACGGUCAGUAGCAACGAUACAAGUUACUUGGAAGCUAGAGGAUCAUCGUUGAUUAUUGGACAGCCACCAUCUCCAUUGAACCAUCCACCACCUGCCGGCUACCCGCCAUGGGAGUUUUAUUAUCCCAUUGACAUACAGGUGAUCCAGCCAACACCGUGCAUGUCACCAAGCGGCGGAAGCCAGGAAAGUUUCUCGGACGUGCCCAGGCACACCGAACAGCUGUUGCCCGCCGCGUCCGAGCGGUUCCGGAAACCACCGCAGCCACCGCGGAAAACGGUGUCGCCGUCGUCAACGGUGGCGCCCAUCGCGUGCAUCCGGACGUCGUGCAGCAGCUGCAGUGACGACGCUGCUUCCACCGCCACCACGGUCAAUUCGUCCGUGUUCGUCGAAGAGUGUUGCUGCGCGACCACGUCGUCGCCAACACCGCCGCCGCAAGUGCCGCAGACCCGCGACAACGAUUGCGACGACGGCGCUUCGUCAACGUCACAACUGAUCAUCGCCGAACCGGCUAAAGCGUCUCGUGGAAGGCGAUACUCACCGCCAUCGACCACUAACCGCGGUAACGGUAUGUUUCGGUAUGACAGCGAUUGCAACGCGGCUACUACAACAGUUGGAGGUGCCACCGCGUCUGCGGUCAGAUCGUACCAAGAUGUUAACCGCAGGCCGCAGCAACCAACGGCAGUCGGUCGGAACGUGAUCGUUGUCCAAGCGGACGUAAAUCCCGUAGCCGACUCGAUCGUCAACGCCAACUCAUUAUCAGGGUCUUUACGCGCGCUUUACGACGCAUCUAAAGAAACACUAUUCUAGUUUAAAGCUAAAAUAUGUGUCGUAUUAUACGUGUUGUUCGAGAAUAUUGUCGUAUGUAUACUUUUACGUAGGCAUAUUAUUGUGUAUUGAAUAAAAUACUUGUGCGCAAGUAUACAUAUUACAAUACUUAUUUAAUAUAUGUAUAACAUAUUCUGUAUACAUAUUAUACACACAUGAAAUCAGGGUUACCUACUAUUAAACAUGCCUACAGACAUUCAGAGCCUCGGUCCACGAUAAUAGUGGCGUGAAGCUAAGUAAAAAAAAAAAAAAAAAUGGCGUAGCAAUCACGACUAGUGCGACUUUUAUGCGCACGAAACAACUCGUUUCCCGAAACCAAUAUUGUGACGUCUUAUAACAUUUCAUGAGGGUUAGAGGUCUAAAACGAACGGAGAUUAUUCCUGUGAGAUAUUAAUAGAUCGGUAAAGUUGCAUAACCGUACUUAUACCUUUAAUGAAACAUUCAAUGUGAUUGGUUGAAUAACGUAGCAAUAUACCUAGUUAUAUAAAAAAAAAAAUGUUUAAAUUUAUUGCAUUUUUCAUUCGAUAUAAUUGUAGCCAUUGCGUUCCACGUUGGCUGGCAGUGGUGGCGUCGAUAAUAUAACCUCCCUCCCUCCCCAAUCACAUCACCAUUAAACUUCCAAUACGUAACGAAUAAUGCGUAUAUAAGCUCACCACCGGUCUGAUUCGACGAUCGUACAUAAUAUUAUACAUACAAAAUACGAGCACACAUCUUCACUGAAUGUCGAUGCGCUUAUAUAAUAUAAUAUUUAUCUAUGUUAAAGAGUUUAUAAUAGCUAAAAAGUUCAAUCUAUUAUAUACUUGUAACAAAAAAAAAAAAAAAACAACACUUCCGUCAGUAUUGCCGUACACGGUAUUUUGGGCGAGGAAAUAAUUUAAAAAUGUGAUAUAAAUUGGAAACUAAGUUAAUGGUUGUUUUAUCUGUAGAAAUAUAUCAAUUUAGAUUUAGUUCACGUGUGGCUGAAAGAUAUACCCUUAGAGUUAAGAAUAUUGAUUUAAUAGUUAUAUAACGAUUUACAAAUUAGUAUUUAUUUUCGCUUGAGUUGACUGAAUUUGGAUUAAUACAUUUCAACAAACUAGACAAUUUAUUUGGUUUCUGUUUUUUAACAACCUUUAAAGGCUAUUAUUUUUAAGUUUUUUCUUACGUGGAGUUAACAAAGUGUUUUUAUUGAUAUAAACUUCAAUUAUUAUCGGACUUUUUUCUAUCGAUAUCGUGUUGUUUUUCCGGUUACUUGUCUAAAACGCCACCAUUACCGCCAAUAAUCUGUUUAUCGUUAUGAUUGAAUGCCACUGUCUUUAUCAUUGCCUACUAUUGUUGGGCUAUUAAAAUAGCAAAAAAUAUCGUCAUCUGGGCGUGAAACGUAAUUAAUUAUCUAGCGGUCCCGCAGAACCUCACCCUCUUAAAAGAUUCAUACCACAUUCCACGAUAAAUCAUCUCGGGACGAUAAUAGUAAUAUAAUAAUAUAUGAUUCUCCGUAAUGAUUAAAUUUUGUACAAAGGUUAUUUACACAUUUUGAAAUCGUGUUCUUGAACGGGAUCCGCAUGGGAAUUCUGUAUAAAUGCAAAUAGCAAAUAGUGCCCGUGUGUCGUAUAAUACCUAUAAUCAUGUAGAAGAAUAUGAGUGUGUAUCUUAUGUGUGUUACUUGCAUAAUUUAUUAUUAUGUCUUAUAGAAUACUAUACUAUAUAAUAUAUAUGUUAAUUAUAGAAAAUCAAGCUAUGUUUGUGAGUUUGUCCCCGUUAAAAACGUAUUAAUAUUUUUGUGAUAAUAAUAUAACUGUAUUGGAGAUCCGUGAUAUUUGUAUAAUCUGUAAAAUAUUUUUGAUUUACCAAAAUAAUCGUUUAAGUAACGAUUAACGCGUUAGAAAAAAUUUGGGUAGAAUUCGAUUGUAUACUGUGUUUAUUUGCAGAAACGUUUUCAUGCAACAUGAUUUCGUACGGUAAUUUAAUUUUAGUUGAGUGCGAUAUCUCCAAAUCUUACCAGUACACAGAUUGAAUACAAAUUCCAAAUAAAACAAAUCUAUUGACUGUAGAACAACAAACAAUUAAUAAACAAUAGCCAAUUCCAGUGUCCAUAUAAAAU